AUCCUGGCUUGUGUGGUUUGUGCUAGUGUUGCUUGAAUGUUGUGGUAUGUCGUGUGUUUGUGUGCUCCAAGGUAGCUCAAAGGCCGGCGUGUAGCCGGGAAGUAGGGUUUUGUGCGCUCUGUUGUGUGAGGCGGAGUGGAAGGCUCUUCCGGAUGGUCGCGUCUUCUCUUUCUCUCGAGUCUCGUCUCUCCAGGAGACAGAUGGAAGUUUCAAUAAUUAGAUUAAACAAAUAGUGUAUGCGUCUGACAAGAAAAGAAGGCAGGUAGCGACCAGGCCACAGUCUUUUCUUCUUUGGCAGUCAGUCACAGGUAUAAAAGGUAUGAUCGACAAUGGGGUUGUCCCGAUCUGGGUGUACACGUCCACAAGAGAGAAAGACGAUGGACAAUGGUAGCUUGUCGUGGGAUUACAAGACGGAAGGAAGAAAUGUGAGAGAAAGGAGGAAGAGAAAACACAGGACAAAAGAGAAAGAGAAACAAAGCGGAGAAAGAAAAGGAAAAUACAACAGCCAGCAAGGUCGAAUGAAUCAAAGCUGGGCGCGAAAGAAAGACCACCUCACCUCACCUCACCUCACCUCACAUGGAUGACGUCCUCGCAUUGGGCGUUACAUGUCUUGAAGCGCCUCUGUGGUGACUUCAGAAGACUGGCCG